AUGACUUAUGGACGCACAGGGAAAACCGUCCGCUUUGGACCCGACAAUGUCUCAUUCAACUCGGCCGCCGCGCUCAAGGACAUCUACGGCUUCAGAUCUAACGUGCGCAAGGCCGAGUUCUACGAUGCAUUCGUGCAUCCUAUACCUAACACACACAAUACGCGUGACAAGGAACAGCAUGCGCGCAAGCGCCGCGUGCUGAGCCAGGCAUUCUCGGAUUCUGCCAUCAAGGAGAUGGAGCGAUACAUCCUCGGCAACGUACGGACUUUCUGUGAUCAAAUCGGCGCAGGCAUGCCAGGCGAAAAGGGCUGGACGACACCUAAGUGCAUGGCUGACUGGUGUAAUUAUCUUGCGAUGGAUAUCCUUGGUGAUUUGUGCUUUGGCAAGGCCUUCCACAUGCUGGAGAGGGAGGACAACCGCUAUGCCAUUGACUUGGUGGGCGUGGCUGCACAGCGGCACUUGAUCUGCGGGACCAUGCCUAUUGUCAAUAAGCUAUCGUUAGACAAGAUCCUGUUCCGCAAGAUCGCAGCUGGUCGGGCUCGCUACAUGGCAUACAGCCGCGGUCAGUUGACAGAGCGUACCAAAUUGGGCGACGAUACUGACCGCCGAGAUUUCUUCUACCACCUUCUUAAGGCGAAAGACCCGGAGACUGGACUCGGUUUCGGCACUCCUGAGCUUUGGGGCGAGUCUAACUUAUUGAUCAUCGCCGGUUCCGACACCACGAGUACUGCCAUGGCCGCUACCCUGUUUUACUUGGUGCGCUCGCCAGCUUCUCUGGCAAAAGUCAUCGAGGAAGUCCGCAGCAAGUUUGACUCUGUCGAGGAUAUUUACCAAGGCCCCGCUCUGCAGGGCUGCACCUACCUGCGGGCCUGCAUCGACGAGGCCAUGCGUCUCAGCCCCAGCGUCGGCGGCCUUCUGCCCCGCGAGGUGCUGUCCGGCGGUACGACCAUCGACGGCGAGUUCAUCCCCGCAGGCAUGGUGGUCGGCACGCCGCACUACGCCAUCCACCACAACUCGGCGUACUACCCGGACCCAUUCAGCUUUAUCCCGGAGCGGUGGAUCGCGACAUCCUCGGCGCCGGAGAAGGCCGUGACGGAGGCGGACGUGGCUGCGGCGCAGUCGGCGUUCUGCCCCUUCUCGAUCGGCCCGCGAGGCUGCAUCGGCAAAGGGCUGGCGUACGUGGAGAUGACGACGACGCUUGCCCGCGUGCUAUUCAUGUAUGACCUGCGGAGAGCGGUUGGGGUCUCGGACCCGGCGGAGGGCAGGCCCGGCGCGGAGUGGGGAAGAGAAAAGCCUGGGGAGAUGCAGCUGGUGGAUACGUUCACGAGCCUGAAGGACGGAGUGAUGGUAGAGUUCAGGAAAAGAGACGCCAACUAA